AUCCUGCACUGCUUCCCACUGGGGGGCUCCACAUCCUGCCCGAGCCGCCCUGGUGGCCCGUGCUUUCCCGAUGGGGCCAGCCAGUCCCCGCUCCCCACCAUGGGGACGCUGCUCUGGCUUGCUGUUGAGCCCCACCUGAGAGGCCCUGAGGCCCAGUGAAUCCUGCUGGGCGAGGUCCAAACCCGGGUCCCCCUGCCUCCUACCCCCACAGCAGCACCGGCAUCCUUUUGCAAAAACAAUGAUCUGGAUCAUCUUUAUGGGGCUUAAGCCUGGGUGGGAGCAGAUGGGGCGUGAGCUGGGGAUUUGGGGCUGGGUAUCCGCUCUCCCCACGUCACAAUCUUUUAAAAAGCCUUCUCCGGCACAGGGCCGGGUUAGAGGCCAGCAGAGAGGGAGACCCAGGGGAGGGGAGCGGGGACCAUGAUGGACCAGGAGGAGAAGGUGGACGGGAGCUCAGGCCCCUGCGUCAAGGCUGGCUCUCCAGACCAGGAGGGCUUCUUCAACCUGCUGACCCACGUGCAGGGUGACCGGAUGGAGGAGCAGCGGUGCUCACUGCAGGCAGGGCCGGACCCGGCCUCCGAGAGCCAGAGUGGCCCUGCACCCGAGAUGGACAGUCUCAUGGACAUGCUGGCCAGUACCCAGGGCCGCCGUAUGGAUGACCAGCGUGUGACAGUCAGCACCCUGCCUGGCUUCCAGCCCAUAGGCCCCAAGGAUGGAAUGCAGAAACGAGCCGGGACGCUCAGCCCCCAACCCCUCCUCACCCCUCAAGAUCCGAGUGCUCUCAGCUUCCGUCGGAACAGCAGCCCCCAGCCCCAGACCCAAGCCCCCUGA